CGUGAUACAAUCCUAAACUUUCAAAUCAUACAUUUCUCAUCAAAACAUCUGACAAUAUACCGGAAAGGGUGCCCAGUAAAGAGGAAAGAGGUGGGAAAGAGCCCAUCAAGCCGUACAGGGAUGAAACCAAACGGGGACAACUCAGGGAUGGAUGCAUGAGAGUUACAGAAGGUCCAGAAUUGACUAGAAUAGGAUCUGCCUAAGGCUUCAAGGCGAAAAAAUCAGAUAAUCUAAUUUGGGCUCUACACCGGCUGCAUGAGUUCAUGCAUCUGGUGACUGGGGUCCCAAAACCUGGUCAUAAUGCUUCAGUGUAAAGACUAGAAAAAAUUGUGACGCUGGUGAAAUUGAACAAGAUCAUAGUAAAGAUCAAUGAAGUAAGAAAAGGAUACAUAUAUCUAAGGUUCGAAAGGAGCGAACAGGUGUGAAUGCAACAGUUUCAGACAUUCUGUUGCUUCUGUUAUUCAUGACAAUAUUUUAUCAUUAGACAUCACAUAUCAUGUCAGGAGGUAGAUUACUGAUCCUGGACGACCUUCCAUCAACCUCACUUCAUAGCACACCAACCAAUCGCACAGGCACUGUAUCUCGCCACUCCCGUCAGCGAAGAACCUAACGACAACAAGUUCAGUGAGACAAAGACAAUGAGCGAUAAUCUUCAUGUUGGUCAGGUAUCAGGUUGGUCAUUUCAUGGAUGAAUGGUGUACACAAAAAGAUUAAAACACCAAAAAACGGCGUUACUUCAAGAGAGCAUCAAAUUAUCCUGAUUGAACAGAACCAGUGGAGAAGGCAUGCGUCACUGACUUCAAUGCUCGAAAAUCAAAACGACUGCUAUCAGGUGACCUCUAGAGCAAUAUCAAUUCUUGAACUCAAACCUAAGGAUACUGACGGCCUAAAUCUUCCCAUACUUGGACUACCAUGUCCUUGAGAUCUGUUACAUAGACCUACGGAUUUCCUACGAUAACGCCCAAAAUCUUCCUUCAUGGAAGCGACAGAGCAACUCCGGGCGGGGUUCCUGGCACUUGUCAUAGAACUCAUUUACUGUAAGCGAAGGCUGAAUGGAGCUUCCCUCAGCGAGACUGUGUAUCCAUGCAGUAAGAUCAUAUAAGUUGGAAACGAUAAGCAAAGAAAAGGAAUGAAGGAAAAUGAACAACACGUAACAUCUAUUUCCUCGGCUU